AUGCUUGCAAAGUGUUUGGCAACAGGCCUUUUUCUUUUCUUUCUCUGUUUUGCCUUGGUAUUUUAUAACAGUCAUAUUGGGGCCUCUUUCGGCGGCCCUGAUGUAAUUCCAAAACUGAUAUUGUCGUCGCAGGAAUCGUCGUGUUCGUGUGAAUUGAGCCGGACAUCGCUCGGACCUUCUCUGGAGUCCUUUAUCCAAGCAUCAAUUACCAACGAGGGCAGAGAGCUGCAUUUUCCCGGACUGGUUGUAACUUCGAGACUCAAAGAUGCGUGUCAACCUCUCACUGAUGUGAGCAAGGCGAAAAUACCAGCAAACAAGAUCGCUCUCGUCAUCCUUGGACUUGAAGAUGAAACUGCUUGUCCAAUGCAAGACUUGGCGCUAGAAGCUCAGAGAGCAGGGUAUUCUGUUCUUAUGUACUUUGGAUACUCUGCCAAUACAAUCCCAAUAUAUGUGCCAAGUAAAGAGAUAUUAUUGAUCCCGGUUUUAGAAGUUGAGGCUAAGAUCUAUGAUGCUCAGUGUGCGUUUUUGUUCGCAAACGCAAAUAGAACAGAUACAAACAAUGCGGAAAUCAGCAUACAGGCUGACAGACAGUUAUCAAAAGAACUGAAAGCAAUGAAAUCUUACUUAGUAAGACUUUACUACUGGUUUCUUUUGGGGCCAAUCAUAACACUCGCGGCGUGGAUGAUACGGACAAAGAAAUUCUGUUGCCAUUCCGGACGGCAUGAAAGAAGUGAAAAUUCAUCAGAGCCUAAAGCGGAGAACCAAGUCAAGACCGAUGAUGAAAGAGACAUUCCAAAUAUGAAAGAAGGAGAAAACAGAACAGGGGAGUCAACACAACCACCAGAAUGCCCAGAAAGAUCUGAUGAAAAAAAACGCCUUCUACCUGCCAAAAGCAAUGACUCAAAAAAUGUCAAAAAAUUCAACAGUGUUUGUGGCAAAGCAGGGAAAGGCUUUGGGUAUCUGAUUCUUGUUUUAGCAGCUCUUCCGGUAGGUUUGUCUGCUGGAGGAGUAUCCUUUUUUAGAUUUGAUGAUGCUGGAGAGUACAAGACCCUCAUUCUUUUUUCUGGUUCUUCGACUACUUCCUCUAUGGCCUGGCCCCAUUUUUUCCUUGACUUCGACGUUCCUGUUUGGUGGUCACCUUUUCAGAUAUUUUGCUUUUUCCUGUACAGUUACUUUGCCUGUGGAAAAAAACCGGAAGGGACAUGGACUAUUUCCACAAAUUUUUCAAAAUUAAUCCGAAAUGAC